UCUCUCUUGAUAUCAUCAGAGCAGCUGCUGAACACACGCGCACCUCCACGCUAACACUGACUAUGCCGGGACUGUUGCUCGGGGAUGUGUUUCCUGACUUCGAGGCAGAGGCCACCACUGGCACAAUUAAACUCCACGAGUUUCUCGGUGAUUCAUGGGGAAUCUUGUUCUCCCACCCCAGAGACUACACCCCCGUGUGCACCACGGAGCUUGGCCGUGCUGCCAGGCUGCACGGGGAGUUCAGCAAGCGCGGCGUCAAAAUGAUCGCACUGUCAGUCGACCACCUGGAGGAUCAUCACAGCUGGAGCAAGGACAUCCUGGCGUACAACUGUGAGGAGUCGGCCUGCUGCUCGCUGCCCUUUCCCAUCAUAGCGGACAGUAAACGGGAGCUGGCAGUGGCCCUGGGCAUGCUGGACCCAGAUGAGAAGGACAAAGAUGGCAUGCCGCUAACUGCCCGCUGUGUGUUUAUCAUCGGCCCCGACAAAAGGCUGAAACUGUCGCUGCUCUAUCCUGCCACCACAGGACGCAACUUUGAUGAGAUCCUGAGGGUUGUGGAUUCGCUCCAGCUCACAGCGGGGAAAAGAGUGGCCACACCUGCCGACUGGAAGCUUGGAGAGUGUGUGAUGGUUCCUCCGAACAUGCCUGAGGAGGAGGCUGCUGCUUUGUUCCCAGAAGGCGUCUACACCAAAGACCUGCCCUCUGGCAAGAAGUACCUGCGCUACACACCACAGCCAUGAACACUGACUUCUGUCACACACACUCUAUCUUCACAGCGCAGGUCCCCAACAUCAGCAGGCGGCCCAGCUGUGAGUUAAAGUAGAAGGAAUGAAAAUACAGUCGCAUUUUAGAGCAACGAGCUUCAGUCAUGAAAUGGUUGAGAUGGGAACAUAUGUGUGUAUCACUCAAAGAAUAAAAUGCAUAUUUUAUAACUAGAAUGGCAUUCAGUAGAGCGCAAACCACUCUCAAGGCCCAAACAGUCCUCUUAAAUUUAAUCUGACUCCUUAAUGUUCCUGAUUUCUAUUUGCAUCGACAUCCAUGAAUUAUUCUUUGGGGAAAUAAUACAAAUCUAGAGAAACAUGGCUGAUCUUGGAAUGUUAAACAAUGUUGAAAAACGUCCCAUCUCCCGGUGUAAAUGAAAGUGAUAAAAAAAAAAUCCUGGAUUGGCACUCAAACAGAAGGGGAUCUUUCCUGACCCAAGUUUAUUCGAAAUCUUUCACUUGAUCUAGUCUAACCUUGUUCACAAAUAAAGGAAAGAACAGAGGUGAAAACAUAACCUCCUGGGCAUAGGUAAUAGGAAGGAUUUUCUAUGAGCAAUGAUUCUGACUUGUAUAAAAAGUCAAAUGAAUUGGUUAAAAUAGUUUGAAUAAUUUGCGUAUGCAUUUGGGUCGCUCUGUCUUCUAUAGACUGAUGCAAAAGGAAGUGGAACCUGUGGUUAUAAACACACACGAUGAGAUAAUAGCUGCAUUGAGCAAAUAUUUCAUCAGCCUCUCCAUUGUCCUCAAUGCUCAUUUAUAAUCUACAGAAUCAGAAAAAAAUGCAGUAAUGUCUCUUAUCAAAUAACUGUAAUAACUUGCGUAUUUGUUGUGUCAGGCAUCGCAAAUUCAUUGACUGAAAAUAGUAUGGUACUUGCAUUGAAAUGGUAGGGUGUGUGAUGUGUGCAUUUCACCUUUGUGAGUGAAUAAAAACCGUUGUGGUUGCUGUUUUCCCUCUUAA